AUGAUUCACAUUCACCUACCAGCGCUGCUGCUCCUUGGCGGUCUCUUUGCCUUCGUCGGCGCGUCCAGCGGCUCAGCCUCGAACGAGCCCGUACAACAAGUCCGAUUCCUGCGAGAACAAGCGUAUGGCCCCAUGUACAUGGCAGUAAACCAAGGACUCGAGCUGAGGCCUAAUGGAAUCUUGAAGGACGAUCUCGGCCGGCUUGCAACCCUUUUGGGCGAUGGGCACUGCCUCAAUCAUGGUCUGAACAAGUAUCGACGAUGUCCGUUGACGUUCAAGUGUGAUGGUCAGUCGGCGGGACAACUCGGACGCUCGCAGCCGUUCGAAUAACAUGACAUUAUUUGCUGAAUUUAUAUUUCGUUUUCUUCGGCAAGGGUCCGGGCAAGAUGGUUACCUCUACGACAUCAACGGGUAUCCCGUCCCGUUCUUCUUCCCUGCCAGCUGGCGCUAUUUCGGACCGUGAGCCGUUCGCUCCCGUCUCUCGCCCUAAAACGAUACUGACCCACUAGCCUCGUCUCCGCAUCAAAUUUCUCACAGGGAUGUGGGAUGGCAACCUCCGGCCAGGUUUUCGUGUAAAGCAAAUUGGGUGCUACCCUCUCAGUGGUUAGACUCGGCUCAUCUUGCGACAUGGUGGACUUCGGGACCGCCAGCCGCUUGGAAGGCUCCGCCCGGCUUCGCUUGUCCGUCUUUCUGGACAUGCUCGGCUUGCGAACGGACUUCUUCAUCUGCCCACAUCGGACUCGACCCACAAGAGUACCGAGUCAGAAUGACGCCAAGUUUAAAGGGCUAA